AUGGAAUCGCUUGACCCGAAGCGGUACUUUGAGACCGAGCCGCCGGCGCCCACGUCGUACGUCGAGGCGCUAGCGCUCGAGGAAGACGACGACCACGACCACGACCACGACCACAGCGCCAAGGACGAUAUUGACGACGGCUCGCCCAAGGCGAAGAAGGCCAAGCUUGGCCCACCGCUGCGCCGGCAAGUCUACUCCAAGAAAGGUACGACGAGCAUUUCCAUGGACAUGGCCAACCACCUCGAUUCAGUCAAGUGCGUGGACGCAGAGCACGUGCGCCAAAAGACUGCAAAGUGCACAGUCUGCGGCGUCUGUCGCUUCUGCCCUGCUGGCGCCGACGAGUGCGCCGCCGCCCACCGCGUGCUCCGCCCGAUGACCAACAAGACGCGCGCGCCGCGUGCCAAAG